ACUCAAUGACCAAGAAUCCAUCCAAGUAGGCGGAUCAAGAACUAAACCCGGUUGAAUGUGUCAGAGAUGAUCCAAUGCUUAUGUGAGACAAACAAAAGUCCAGAGUACUACCAACACAACACUUGAUGUCUUUGUGAGCCCAAAAUAACUAAAGUAAAAUUGCUUACUUUUUUCAACCAAAGCUUACCAACCCUAACCCCCUGUAUUCCCUCUCUAUCUACUACCUGUUGCCAAAGACCCAGAUGAUGUUCAAACACAAAACUCAAGGACCCAUGUCAGCUAUUUUGUUUUUAUGAACAUCCAAUGUACUUCAUCAAGAGUUUUUUAGAUCUGUCGGGUAUAGGUGUUGAAAAUGUCAUUCAAGAGUAUGAUUCAGGACAUGAGAGGUGAGUUUGGGAGCAUUUCGCGGAAAGGAUUUCGCUCUAGAUCACAGAGAGUGGUUCAGGAUUGUAAUGUGACAGUUGAUGCUUUAAGGCAAAGUUGUUGGGCUAAUAUGCCGCCUGAGCUAUUGAGAGACGUGUUAAUGAGGAUUGAGGCGUCUGAUUCUGCGUGGCAUCCGAGGAAAAAUGUGGUUGCUUGUGCUGGUGUUUGUAGGAGUUGGAGAGAAAUAAUGAAAGAAAUUGUUAAGACACCUGAAAUUUGCGGGAAGUUGACGUUCCCCAUCUCCUUGAAGCAGCCUGGUCCUAGAGACGGUCUUAUUCAAUGUUUCAUCAGAAGGAACCGCAGCUCACAGACAUAUCACCUCUACCUUAAUUUAAGUGAAGCUAGUAACGAUGAUGGGAAGUUUCUUCUUGCUGCUCGGAAGUGUAAAAGGGCAACAUACAAUGAUUACAUCAUUUCUUUAAGUGCUGAAGAUGUUUCCAAGGGUAGCAGCACCUACAUUGGGAAGCUGAGAUCCAACUUCCUGGGGACCAAGUUCACCAUCUAUGAUGCACAACCCUCUGACGCAGGAGCUAAAGUCAGUAAAUGCCGCUCUACUAGGUUUGUUGGGAUGAAACAAAUCUCUCCAAGAAUACCCAACGGCAAUUUUCCUGUAGCUCAUGUCUCAUACGAGUUGAAUGUCCUGGGGGCUAGGGGGCCCAGGAGGAUGCUGUGUGUUAUGGAUGCAAUUCCGGCUUCUGCUAUUGAACCUGAGGGUGUAGCCCCUACACAAACAGAAUUUGUUCCUGUGAAUAUAGAUUCCUUUCCCUCCAUCCCCUUUUUUAGAUCAAAAUCAACUCGCACGGAUAAUUUCUCAUCCUCCGGACCUUUACCCAGUUCAAAAGAUGAAGGUCUAACUUUGAAGAACAAGGCUCCUAGGUGGCACGAGCAACUCCAAUGCUGGUGUCUUAACUUCAAUGGCCGGGUAACAGUUGCUUCUGUAAAAAACUUUCAGCUAGUUGCUGCUCUUGGUGGGGAUGGAGCUGGACAGGAAGAGGAGAAUGUUAUUCUCCAGUUUGGGAAAGUCGGAGAGGAUGUGUUCACCAUGGACUAUCAGUAUCCUAUCUCUGCAUUUCAAGCAUUCGCAAUCUGCCUCAGCAGCUUCGACACCAAAAUUGCCUGCGAAUGAUCAGACAACAGGUUCUGCAAGAAGUACUGAGGUGUUCCAGAUUGGAGAUUGCACUAACCUUGUUUACGUUGGUUACUGAACUAACGCCCAGUUAAAUUGCAGUAGGUAUGUUUGUUGUUGAAUUAAUCACCCGUUUUUUCAUGCGUUGGACCCUUCCCGUUUCUUGGUUAUGUAAAUAGACAAGGAUGAUUCACAGUUUCGUUCAUCUAACUUGCUAUUUCUGUUAGCUCAAAAUGUUAAACUGUACUUGUGGUUUACCUGUUGCACCUUUCUCCUGAGUGGAAGUACUCUUAUUUCUGAA